UGUCAGUCAAGUGGCGUAAAUUAGACAUCGAGUAUGCGACGAGUAUAGAGCUCGACACGUGUGUUUAAUAAAUAUUAAAAUUAAGUGCGAUUUUUAAUAAUAAGUACUUGUGUGUUGACCUCAGAAACACUUUAAAUUUGAUUAUAAUGUCUGACGGCAGCGACGGCCAAUUUAGCGAUUACGAGAAUGACAUUUCCAUUAAGGUUAAGUCAGUACGGUUUGCAGAAACACUGGAUGUCAAAACACUCAGCAGCAAUGCAGAGAGUGACUAUGAUUCUGAUGAAUACUUCCAAGACUCAGAUGAUCCAACAAAUAACUCGGGCAAACUUAAAAGUAAUACUCAGGCACCUUCAAACAAAGUUAGCACAUUCCAGCCCAGUGAAAAGUUAUUUAAAAAGUAUGUUAACAAAAUCAAUGUUGAUAGUUACGAUCCAAUGGACCGUACAAAUAAGUUCAUUGAUAGCAAUGACAGAAAGGUUGACAGCGGCAGGAUUAGAACAAAGGAUAAGCAUGACAGAGCCACCGCAGAGCAAGUCAUGGAUCCACGCACAAGAAUGAUUCUCUUCAAAUUGUUAAACAGAGGUAUAAUCAAUGAAAUCAAUGGUUGCAUAUCUACUGGUAAAGAGGCCAAUGUCUACCAUGCUACAUCUAAAGAUGGAAAGGAUUAUGCUAUUAAAAUCUACAAAACAUCAAUCUUAGUGUUUAAAGACAGAGAUAAGUAUGUAUCAGGAGAAUACAGAUUCAGAAAUGGCUACUGCAGAUCUAACCCUCGUAAAAUGGUGAGAACCUGGGCUGAGAAGGAAAUGAGAAAUCUUGUACGAAUGUUCAAUGCAAAGUUAAAUGUUCCAGAGCCGAUAAUCUUACGAAGCCAUGUACUAGUCAUGACUUUUAUGGGUGAUGAUGGUUGGCCUUCUCCGAAACUCAAGGAUGUUGAAAUUUCCCAAUCACAAGCCAGAUCUUUGUACCGGGAUUGCAUAAUAAUGAUGUGGAAAAUGUUCAACAUUUGCAAACUUGUCCAUGCAGAUUUAUCAGAAUAUAAUCUUCUGUACCAUAAAGGAAAUGUAGUAGUCAUUGAUGUGUCACAGUCUGUGGAACAUGACCAUCCACAUGCGUUUGAAUUUUUAAGAAAAGAUUGCACUAAUAUAUCAGAUUUCUUUAGGAAGAAUGGUGUUGCCACACUGACUGUGAAGGAACUUUUUGAUUUCAUUACUGACUCAGCUAUAAAUGAGGGUAAUCUGGAAGAGUGCCUGGAGAAACUCUCAGAGAAGGCAUCUACAAGGAAUUUUGAGGAAAUGACAGCACAAGAACAAGUGGAAGAAGAGGCGUUCAAAAAUAUCUAUAUUCCUAAGAGACUUACAGAGGUUAUAAACUAUGAAAGGGAUAUCAACAAAGCUAAAAAAGGUGAAACAGAAGAUCUAACAUACAAGAAAAUUGCCGGUUUUAAUGAGGACCUUAGUACUGUCAAUAAACCAGAGAUUUUGGAAGAAUGUGAUAUUUCUGGCAGUGGGUCUGGUAGCGGCUCGGAAUCUUCAGAUGAUGAAGAUGGAGAUUCUCAUACCAAAUUCAAAUCAUCUGCUCGUCCGAGGGACGAAUCUCCCAACACUAAGAAGGCACGGAAAAAAGCAGUGAAAGAAGAAAAGGCAGAAAAAAGGAAGACGAAAGUCAAGAAGCACGUCAAAAAGAGGAGGGACAAAGGUUCAGGGAAAAAAUAGAAUGGCAACUAACCUAAGUGAGCAGAUUUAAAGGAAACAGUCAUUCAGAGAAAAUUGUGCCUGUGAUGAAGUGAGAAAAAAUAUCUUUAUUGAAAGAUGCUGAAGGUCCCUUUUUCUAUAGAAUGACACAAAAUUAUAGAGUAAAUAAGUAUGAAAUUAUAUUUAGUUACAUAAAUAAAAAGAAUUUUAUUUUUAAGAAUUUAUUUCAUCAAGAGUAUGAAUGUUGAUUAUUAUAUUUAUACACCUAGGCUGAAGCGGAGGACCCGUGCAAAAUCGCCUUUUCAUACAAACGUGGACUACGCUAGGGAAAGGGGACGGCCGUUACUCCAUACAAACGUAGUCCCCAUUUUCCUCUCUGGAUAUUAAUAUUAUUAAAAAUAUUUUGAUGCACUUUGCCGGUCACAGUGAGCUUUUCGAGGUUGCCAUUGCCACCGUCUUUUCUUGCAAUAUGAACGAAAUUGGUUUAUUUAUUUCAUACAUGUGAAUUAUAAGAUGUUCGUACUGAUUUUUUUUAAGAUGUGUCCCGCCGAGUUUCUUGCCGGUCCCAUAUUGUGACAGUGUUGGGUAAAAAUCAAUUCGAAUAAGAAUAAAAACAGAAAUUUUAUUCUUAUUCCAACACAAUGGAAUAAGAAUAAAUCCAUCCCUUUUUAUUUUAUAAUACCAUGAAAUGGAAUAAAUCAUGCAUUUUUAUUUUAAAUGAAGAAUAAGAGACGGAAUAAUUAUUCCAGAAAUGGAGUUAUUUUAAAUAAGGUUUUAGUGGAAUAACAUGUUAUUUAGAAUUAGAAUGAAGUUUGUAGUUGUCGUUAGGUCAAUCUUGCGAGUCGAUUAACCUACUACCACUUCCUGACGUUCGAUUUGGCACAAAUUUCGUAUACUUGAGUAUCUGGUGGACUUGGUGACUGUGCAAUAUUAUGAUGCCAUGAAGCUGGUGUGAUGAUGGAGCCAGGGUGGCCAAAGGUACUCCUAAAGUAAACAAAAUAAAAGACACCGUGUUUCGGCUCAUUCGAUGUGUCCUGGCAAACACUUUGAUGUUUUAUGAUUUUACUGAACACCGACGGCUGGCGGCUCUUCAAAAGAUCUUUGAGCAUGUUAUUUUGCCGUUUAAUAAUAUGAAGAAUUUUUAAAUAACAGGUAUUUAUAAAGACCGUGUAAUAAAUCAGUAAGUAAUAAAAGUUCGGUAGCAAAAAGGACUCUAAAAGCACCGAAGUUAAUUUAUAAAGACGAAAAUAUAUCCAGUCAUCGUAACUUAAACAAAUGUAUUUUGCAGUAGCGGCGGCUCCAUACAACCCGAUUCCCAUGGGUUUUACUAUUUGCUAUUUUAAAUUUGCGUCCGUCCGUAGUCGAUCCAAACUAUACCCAAGUACCUACUUUCAUACAUGACAUACUUACAUAGGUACCAGCUUCAUCGGCUUUAUAAAGAAAAAUUCUCACCUUACAAUUCUUAUUCAUGGAAUAUUAUUUCAAAUAAAAAAUCAUGUUUUUUUUAUUUGAAUAAGAAUAAUUUAUUUCCAUUCAAUUUCCUCACCGAAGAAUUAUUCCAGACGGAAUUAUUUAAAAUAAUUUUGACGGGAAUAAAAUCAACGUGAUUUUAUUCUUACAAAUUCUUAUUCCAAUCAUGAUUUUAUUCUUGAAUGCCCAACACUGUAUUGGGAUACCCACCUGGGUGUAGGGUUAGAGCCGGCGUAGCUUUAAUGAUAAUGUAAUAUGCCUACUUGACAAAUAAACUAUCUUUAGAUAUCUUUAUAAAUUAAGUAUUUCUAUCAAUGGGAAUAAUCACGACACUUCCUGUCUAGCGAGUUCUGUCAGGCCAUGGCAUCGUAAAAGGUGUAUACGGCUACCAACAGUAUGACUACCUACGUAACUUACUUUCUGUGUAUCUCGCUCGCACUCGCAUAAUAGUGCGAGCGAGAUGUAUGGAAAGUAAGUCUACUAUUAAAUUCGCUCUGACGAUCUUUUUACGCCGAAUAUUUUUCAUAAAACCACUUCUUUUGACACAAAAGAAGUUUUUUUGAUGAACAAUGUUAACCAGAGAUUACAAAAUAAGUUUUGUGUCUUAAUAAACUUGUGGGACCCCCCGUCUCCUAAUAAAAUACCAAAUAUCUAGUUAAAUGUUUCGAAUAAUUGACUACAAUAAAACAAACUUUCUAUUUAUUUAUUAAAACAUUUAAUUAAAAUGUUGUUUUUUA